AAAGCCACAAACACUGCACUAAACCACGAUCUAUGAGAAGCUCGUGCUAGUCACAGCCCAACAAUCCCCGACAAAAAUAAAAUACAUUCUGUUAUCAAAUCGCAUAAGUAUUGGUAUUAUUCCUACAACGAAGAAGAGGACACACCACCGUAAAUUGAAGAAUAAUCUUGUUCGCUUAUAAUUGCUCGUCAGCUUUCUUGAAGAUCAGUGCUCGAAUCAAACAUGUAUUUCAAAAUAACAACAGUUUGCUUUAUUGUCGCAGCGAAUCUAUUCCUUCUAUCAGAUGGUGCCGGUAAAAAAUAUUUCAUUCCCAGUAUCCGCGCCAACUGGUUCAAGGCAAACGAGUUCUGUAACUCGCUCCAGAUGCGACUGGCAACUAUUAAAUCCAAGGAGGAGAACGAUGCCAUAGCGAAGUACGUCAAGACAACGGAUAAAUUUUCCGAGGAAAGCUGCAGUUUCUGGAUCGGUGCAACGGAUCUAGCUGAAGAAGGCACCUUUAUCUGGACCGGAACCGGGGAACAGCUGACCUACACCAAUUGGAGACGUGGAGAGCCAAACGAUGAGAACGGAAGCGAGGACUGUCUUCAGCUGGCAUACAUACCGGAAUAUGAAUAUAUUUGGAGUUGGAACGACAAUGUUUGUGCCGAACAGUCCCUUUAUUUCAUCUGUGAGAAUGUGAACUGUGAUUGUAUAACGAAUUUUUGAUCAUCUUAAUUGUGAAAAUACGGUAUGAAAUCGUUUUUCGGAAUAAAUAAACUGGAUACAUUAACUUUCCAGCAGAUAUA